CCAGGCAGUCGCGGCCUUUCUCGUACCGAGCUGCGGCGACACGAAACCGCAACCAUGUCGACGACGGAAGAGCAGCAGCAACAGCAACAACAGCAGCAGCAGCAGCAGCAGCAGCACUUCGCCCUCGUCGAAAAAGACGGAUGCAAACCGCUGAGAGUCUCCCUGUCGCAAUCGGACAGUGGCUUGGGACACGAAGGCACCGCCGAUGACGAACGAGUCGUCCGCGCGGAGCUGGAACAAAUCUACCAGACCUACGCCGAUCUCUAUCCAAACCCGAGGCUGAUCGAGGAGAAACGACAGGAGGAGACACUGUUGCAAGCGGCAAGGGCGGCCUCGGCCUUCCRGCGGGAGGCAGCGGGCGAAACCAAAAAGAAGCCCCGCAGGGGGUUCUUUGCCUCGUUGUUUGGCGGCAGGGAACCGGAGGAGGAAAGCAACGGCAGCCGCAGCAACAGCAGCAACAACAACAACAACCAACGCGACAACGAAAAGCUGGCCGAGCAACUGCGGUACGUGGACACGCCCAACGAGCACGACGACGGGAGCCUCUGCGGAACCAUGCAGUUCCUGGACGUGGCGUGCAUCCCGCCCGAGGUCUAUACCGUGGCGAGAUCGCACCUGGUGUCGUCGCGGAGGGCCAAGGACCACCCGAACGCCCUGCGGUGGGGACCGGAGAGCCGUAGUCUCCUCGCAAAGCUACAGCAUCGUCAACAACAACARCARCAACAACAACAAAGCCGGGAGGACUCGGUUAUCUUUGUGGUGGCGGGCCUGGGAGCCAUUGCGGAAUUCGGUGGCGAGCCCGGGCAUGGGUCCUCCUCGUCGUCGCGGGUCCUGCACACCUCGGACCGCGAGGACCUCCUCGCGUACGCCGAGCAAAKCCGGGAACCCGCCGGCUUUGAUCCCUCGGCGGCGAGGGGGACCGUCCUCUCGCAAAACUGCAUCGCCGUGUCGUGGGGAUUCCAGGACGGGAUCGCCGUGGUGUACCGCCGACGGGUCCUCCUCUCCGGGAACAACGGCGACGAAAACGAGAACGAGACCGCAACGGAGGAAUGGGAGGCGGUCCGGUGGCUGGGACCCUCGGGCCCCGUCCUGGACCACAUGACCGGCACCGGGCUGGACUUUUUCCACGACGACGCCGACCAGCCGGGGUCCCCCCUGCUGGCGGUCAGCGACUGUGUGGCCCUGCACGCCGAGGCCCCCGUUGCCGGCGCCGUGGCCSUUCUGGUCGUCGCUCGGCUGGGCGGCUACAUCGAGCUCGUCCCGAUGCCGAACGACCUGUGGGCGGGCCCCGUCCUGGAGCGAGACGCUUCGGCCGCGAGAAAGGAGCAGAAGGCCCGGCGGCAGCGGCAACGGCAGCCACACUAUGCCACCGGACGGGCCAUCGGGAGUCCCCCGACCACGCUGGCGCUGACCACCUUCGACUACCACCUCGACGUCCAGACCMUGGAGGUCCACCGGACCGGCGUCGACGGCGAGACGCAAUGGAACAACGAGUUGUAUCCCGACGGCCCGCCGGCCGAGUUUUUGCUGGUGGCCUCYGGGAUGUCCGCCGACGGUGGAUUCGGGGAAACCCUGACCUUUUGGUCGGUCAGCACGCUCUUUGCCUCCGCCCCCGAGGGGCCCGAUGGCGAAAGCGGCCACCGCGAUUCCCGGUUCGAGGUCCACUCCUCCCUGCUCGAGGCGAUCUGGACCGGGGCCGGGGCACCCGUGAGCAUCUUUGCGACGCAAGGAAUCAUGCGCCGCUGGAGAACCCCGCGGCACGUGGAACUGAAGGACCCUUCCACCGGCGAACGGGGAUCUCCGGGUGGCGGCGGCGCCGGCGACGACGACGGCAGCCCGCCCGCACCGGCGCUGGCACCGGUGACGACCCUCUCGACGCCGGCUCCGAUCGUGUGCGGAAGGUUCUCGGGCAGCGACGGGCCUUCGGGGCCCUUUCUGUCCCUUCUGGACUGGAACGGUGCCGCCCAGGUGUUCGAUUGCUCCGUCGUUGCCCGGCUGGCGGCGCAGGACCUGACGGAAGAGGAGUACGAGCGGUACCGGAGCCUUCGGCCCGGGGCCGAGCAAGACGGGCAGCGGGAGGACGAGCAGCAGCAACAACAACAACAACAACAACAGGAACCCUUUCUUCUCGUGUCCAGCGUCGUCGAUCGGAGCCAGGUCGCGGCGGCCCUGCAGAAAGUGGCGAGGGCUCCGGCCGUGAGCAACCUGCACUGGCUCGAAUCUUCUGGUCUGGGCACCGAUGGAUACAAUUUGCCGACCAUUGUCUUUCUGCUGGGCCAUUCCAGGARGCUGGCGGUGGUUACCUUUGACCUCGGCGGGGACGACCGCGGGCAGCUACGGCAAACACCGGGUUCCUCCGUUUCAUCGGUCCCCCUUCCAUCCUCGGGAGCCGCCAUGGAAACCMUCGGCGACAACACCCUUUCCUUUGUUUCCCUGCGCAGGGGCAGGUCGAAAUCGUCGCCCCGGACCCCGGCGCUGCUCUUCCACUAUUUCGUAAUGGAACAGCUGCAACCGGUGGCCAUCGUCGAGACCCUGGCACGGGARUCCAAGCUCCGGGAGGCCAUCGAGUCCGCGGGCAAGCUCUCCAAAUACGAGCAAAACGAGCUCUCGAGCGUGGUCGUGGAUUGCCACCGGCGCCUGUGGGAAACCGGUCGAGACGCGGAGAGCCUGCGCGCCACCGGCGACGAAUCGUACAUUGUCCGGGAAGCCCUGUCGAUCUGCCGGUCCUCGAACGCAAACGAAGACCCCGGGUUUUCUCUGGAGGAUCUUCGCUUGGUGCUGAAGCUGGCGCUCGAAACGACAACGGCUUUGGGAGAAAACRACAAACAAAAAGAAAUGGCGAGAGACUACUUUGUCCGGCUGGGAACCUACGAGCUCUUGUGCGGGCACUACGGGUCGAAGCCCUCGCUGGGUCGCUUCCGAGCAGAAUUCCUCGGGGUCGACCUGGCCGAAUUGUCGCACCAACUGGCUUCGCGGGGCGAUGUGUCGGCGCUGUCCGUGCUGCUCUUCCGGCAUCGAUCGAAGGUUCGCCACGGGUUGCUGGGCRUUCUGGGAUCGCUCCCACUCGCGCUGCAUCCUUCCUCCUUCUGCCACCUGCUGCCGGUGAUCCGCAGGGGACAGGUGUCCGAUUUGUUUCUGGACCCUGCCGGCCGGGACGCUCCCGAGCUGCCCUGGUCGCACAUGCCCCAGUUCAUACGGGAGAGGCACCAAGUUUCGAUUGUUUCCGACCGAUUCGACGAAAUCGCCGUGCUGGAGCACAACAAAGGACCACCGGGCGGGGAGGCCGASAGCGAGGAAUUUUUCUCGGAMGCGCUGCUCGCGGAUUGGUUCGUCGAGAGGGCGAAAGAAAUGCAGGCUUUUGUUGGUGACGUGGACGAGGUGGUUCGCAUGAGCCAGUUCGGAGCCAGAUGCAUCGAUCCCAAGACGGACUCGUCGUCGGUCCAGGAACUGCACGUYAUGUGUCGGACUGCGCUCUCGCUGCAGAGAAUGUUGUYGGACCAAGCCGUGYCGAUCGAUGGUGACGGCAUCGAUACCGACGACCUGAUGGGCAUGGAUUUGGUCGACCUCCUUGAUUUGGUUCUAGAUUCCGGAAUCCAGAGCUCGGAGGUGCAGUAUCGCUUCCACGAGUACGUCCAACCCAUCGUCAUGGAGAUGUCGCAUUCGAGUUCGAGSGACGGCUUGGACGAAGCUCUUUCGGCGUAUUGCCUCCGAGAAGCCAAGAAAUGCAGCGGCCUGCACAUUGCUGGAGCGAAGCAUGCUUUGGCAUUAGCGGUAGCCAUUGCAGAAAACAGCAAGGCAUCCCUGGACCAAAAGAAUCGGCUCAUCAAGAACGAACAAAUUUUGAUACAAAUGGUGCUUGCUACGACAAAGGAAAUUUCCAGGUUUUUGAGCGACACCGAUGCUUCGAUCAAUGAAAAAAGAGAAUUGAUCGAAACUAUCUGGUCGCUGUACGAGACUUUGCCUGCCCAUCUGGCCACACCAGAGUCCGGGAACGAGACCAAACUCAACUCUUUCUACCAAGACAUGGUUGGUGUAGACAUUUUGUCGAGAUGGCCCGGGUGUAAAYCCUUUGAGUUUUUCACCACGCGGCAGAGUGAAAUGCGGCAAGAAGGAUCCAAGGCCGAAGAAGARAAGCUCGUUGUUGUCGGUCUUUGUAAAUCGUUCACUGCCAGUCUUUCGAUGGUAGUGAAUCCCGAGGACGAGGUUUCGUUGCUUCAGGAUCUCCUGUGCGACAUUGGAAAUCUUCAGAAAGAAGUGUUUGGAAACGCUUCAGAUCUUUCAACGAUGGUUUGUAAUUGUUUGGUUCCGGCUUUCCUGGAAAAGGGACAGUUCAAAUUGGUUGCAUCCUACCUAGAAUCUGAUGAUACUGUCGUCGACAGACAACAAGUGGAAGAYUACRUCGUCGCGUACCUCGACGAAACCAUGUUUUCAGGAGGUGACGACGGAAGCAGRAUCUCAAAUGCCAUCACAUGCCAAGAUGUUCUUGAAACGGUUUUGCCUGAAAUCAAACCUCUCUGCCAAGCAAAUCGCCAUUAUCURGAUGCUUCCCAUUUUGUCUCAACCGUCCUCCUUGAAGACAAGCCUCACAARCGCCUGAAACCUUCAGAUUUUAAGGAGAUGCCUGCCUUGGAUGCAGUUGAAACAGUGUUACGAGAAAGCCCAGAAUGCAUUGCGUGUAGAUGCUCCCAGUGGACYGACAGUGAUUAYGCUCGGAAAGCGAACAAGCACCUACGUGAAGCAGAGUCGYCCAUCGGUGUCMCCGUGGAGGAACAAGAAAUUGAAGAACUGCCAGAAUUACCCGGAGGCGCUGUUUUCCACCUGGCCACGGUGUUAGGUUUGGAAAGUAGCGUGUCGGCAGUGGCUGUCAAAUCCAGGGUUAUAYAUUACGCCUUGAUGUGCGGGUUCCAUGGAGCUGGAGCCUCUAUUGCUAGGACUCUGAUAGAUUCGGAAUUUGGAUCGGGUGAGAAUAGGGUGCUCGAUUCUGUGAAACUUGACGCCAUAGUGGACGUGGUUUCGAACGAAAAUUAUUUAGACCAGAACACGAAAAAGGAAUUGUGUGAAUCUGUUUUACGGCGUUUCAAGAGUGAGAUCACGAUUAGGAACUCCGAGUCGUUCAACACUAUUCUCCGAGUGUCGUCAAAUCUGGAUCAUAUUACCAGCCGAUUCGAGCUGGAAGUGAGCGAUUUGCCUCCCGUGAGGAAAGAUUGUCUAUUGUCCCGCCCUAUYGCACGCCUACCUGUUCAUAUCUUCCAUGAAUAUAACAGAGAUAUAAUCUGUCUCUUUAGAGACUUGAGCAACCAAGCAAGUCAAGGGCUGAUGCAUGAUUCUUUGAUGGAAGCCCUGAGCCGCUUCAUAUUCUACUGGUGCAUUCACGACUCGAAAACAACCAAGAGAUACAUUGAUUUGAGAUAUAAAGCAGACGCUGAAGAGAAUUUGAUGGUAGGUUGCGGUAUGAUUCUUCAAAUCCCAAGCAAUGCCACUGCUACAAAUUGUGUUAAUGAACUACGUGAAAUAGCAGUCGCGCAAGCGGCAAGCGUUGCUACUGAAGAAAGAUUUGAAUCUACACAUGCUAUUAUUUUACCAAAUCCCGAUAUUMUGAAACACCUUAUUGACAGAGGAUUCAGUGAGAACGGAGCUAGAAGAGCAGUGAUAAUGACCGGAAACGCUGGAUCUAACGAAGCAUUGGCAUGGGGGGUUCAGCAUACAAUGGAUSCUGACUUCAACGAUCCUCUAGUUAUGUUGAAGUACUCAAACAGGGAAUAUAUUGAUGAGGGUUUUAUACAAUUGCUUCAGAAGAAUCUGAUACAAAUAUCUGAURUUCUCRAAAAUCCGACMCAGCGAUCCACAUUACUCCAGAUGGUUGGAAACCACUUUCCGAAGAAGUACGAAAAGAGUGAUUUACCGAUCUCAAGUGAUGCCAAGACAAAGGUGCAACCCACAAAAUCAGAAUUGAAAACUUCACAAAAGCUGACUUUGAGGCCGAUACGCCGAAAGGCGAAAGGAAAAGUUCAGAAGAUUGAUCCAGAGCAGUCCAGUAGUAACGAAAUACUUGACGAAAACGGCUCAACCCCAACUGAAGUCAAUGUAGCCGUCAAGCAGAAACAAAAACCUCUGCCACCACCUCGACGCAAUAUCGUUGACAAAAGUAUCUCGACAGCAACUGAAAGAAAUCAGGUCACCCAGGGAAAAGAACAACCACGACCACCUCCUCGACACAAAGCCAUCAACGAAAAUGCCCCGACUCGAAACGAAGUUAAUCAGGCCGUCGAGCAAAAACAAGAACUUCAACCACCCCCUAAACGCGUAACCGCCGAAGAAAAUGACUCUACCCCCACUGGAAUCAAUCAAGCCUUUCAACAGAAACAACGCCCACCACCACCUGCUAAACGCAUAGCCCCUGAAGAAAAUGACUCGACCCCCACUGAAAUCACGCCAAUCCUGCAGCAGAAUCAACAGCCGAUGUCUCAGUCUCAACCUGUAACCCUUSAAGAAAAAGACUCGACCUCAACUGAAAUCAGUCAAGCCGUCCAACAGCCACGGCGACCACCUCGACCUGUAGCCCUUGAAGAAAAUAACUCGACCCCAACUAAUAUCAGUCCAGCCGUCCAACAACCACGGCCACCACCUCGGCCUGUAACCCUUGAUGAAAAUGAUUCGACCCCAACUGAAAUCAGUCAAGUCAUCCAAAAGAAACAGCGACCACGGCCGCCGCCUCCACGAGUUUCAUCACGCGCAGGAAUCGAACCAAUGACGAAGUCAGUAAAGCAGGUAUCAAAGUCAAAGGUGGCYGGUGAUAAGACUCCGGACGAUGACAAAAAUUUUGAUCCUCAAUCUUYCACGAAGGUUGCAUUGAAACCGACGAUAGAUAGAGAAGCAUUACGGAAAAAAGCCAAAGAAGCUUUGAAGAAGCUUCAGGGUAAUCAAUCUGCCACUGAAAAUGGAGUCGAGKGURGCGCUGCGAAUGCAGGAUUGAGUUCCAAGACAAAAACUGCGAGUGAUGUGCUAAAAGCAACAGCACAAAAAAGAAACAAAAUGGGCUCGCAGAUAGUAAACGGUGAUGGUUCUACCACUGGUAAAGAAGUAAAGAAUAGGGUAUCCAAAAUUGGAACAGUGACUGGAAUGACACACAAUCGACGAGAAGACUUGCUGAAGCGAGGGCAAUUAGCACGARAGAGAGAACAGACAGCCACAAUGAAAGAGCAAACCAAUGCAUCCACMGCUGAAGAUGGCGUCAAAAGUAGUAUUUCCAAUAAUUUGGUAACAAAGAUAGCUACGAAAACUGCAAUGGACCGACGAGAGGCGCUGCUCAAGAAAGCACAGGAGGCUCUUAGCCGGCGGCGAAAUCCCACUACUAAUAGUUCCGACAGCCGCACAAGACUUAUUCAAGAAGGGAAAGAGUUACGRCUGCAAACCAAGCCUUCCCGUCCCACUGCUCCAAACCGUACCGGUCCGGUGACACGCAGCCGUCCAAACACAAAAUUUGCGWCGUCUUUGCCAUCGUCCUCUAAAUCAACASCGUCAUCGCAAGUCCGGAAAACGAUCSUAGAACCCAAGCUAGCACCUAUGAGCAUUUCGACCAGUGAGAAGCCAUCCCAGUUGGAAAACCCUUCUYCUAUUGGAACYACCAAUGGAGGUAACACCGGGGAACCAACAACGAAUGAUGGUAAUGAGAGCGAGGACUCCGGAUGGGACUUUGAUGACUUUGACGACUUUUGAGAGAUAUCCGUUCGAGUAGGACAAUAGUCCCCACCAAAUAUAUAAAAGCUGAUUUC